ACGGCAGGGAACAGUCUUCCACAUGGGCCUCCUCCCCCCAGGCUGAAGCCGGAGCGUUCGUUCUACGUUGUGUUGUGAGGGGGAAUUAUAAGAAGACGUUGCACACACCGGCUGCACUUUGGUUUAAAAAAAAAUAAAUAAAAAAAGGUGAAAUGGGAAAAAGCCGAACCACUAAAUUCAAACGUCCGCAGUUCAACGCCGUGGGGCUGCCGGUGAGCGCCGCCAAGGAAGAGGAGCCCGAGGGAGACGAGCACGGCGAGGACGGGUGUCCCGCUGCGGAGCUGCUGGAGAAGCUGCUGAGUCCCAGUGCAGACGUGCGGGAGUUCGCCUGUGCCAGCAUCUCCCGGGUUGUGCAGCAGAGCCAGACCAUCCCGGGCUUCCUGCAGAGGGAUGCCGUGAGGCGCCUGGGGCCCAUGCUGCUGGACGGCAGCCUGGCGGUCAGGGAGACUGCCACAGGAGCGCUCAGGAAUCUGAGUGCAUGUGGAGGUCAGGAGGUGUGCGAGGACAUGGUGAAGCACGACGUCAUGACUCCUCUGACAGCACUGCUUAGAGAGUGCUGUGCUGGUUUUGAGAGCGCCGUUGUGCAGAUGAAAGAGCAGAAGAAUGCGGUGGAGGAUGUCGCCAACGAGGCUGUGAACCUUCUCUGGAAUCUAUGUGAGUGCAGCAGCCAGGCGUUGUCUGUGUUCAACAAGGCAGGUCUCCUGGAUCUGGUCGUCCAGUGUCUGGAGAGACACCCACACAACGUGGAUCUGGCCAUAUCUGCAGCCCACUGUUUGCACACUGUGACUGAGGAUAACCCAGAGCUGCUGUGUAGCAUGAACACUGCUGUGCUCGGCGCCCUGGAGAACGUUCUGCUGUCGUCUCAGCCAGGCAUGGCACACACACUGCUCAGGACAUUGGCUGCAGGGACACUGUGGAACAUGAAGGGUAGCCUGCCCACUGCCCGCCAGGCCCAGGCUCUCAAUGCCGCGGUGGCCACCUUGUCACAGUGCCUGGAUCUGAACACGGGAGAACUCAUACCUGAACUCAGACAAGCAGAAGAGGUUCGUCACAAGAACGCGCCGUCUGUGACAGACGCAGAAGACCAGGCUGCAGGGGAGAUUCCUCUAGACGAGAUGGACGAGGAGGAGGAGGAGGAGGCACCUAAACAGAAGAGGAAUGGGAAAGAUAACGAUUUCUCCGACCUCCUGCCUAGGGGCAUGGAGGAGCUGAGGGAGGCAACGGCCUUGCUGACAGCCCAGCAGACGUCCUUAGAGAUCAUCGUCAACAUGUGCUGCUCUGACGACCCAUCUGAUGACGAGUGGGAGGAAGAGUCGAGCAGCGACGAAAGCGACAUGGGUCCGGAUGGUCUUUGUGAUGGAGUGUCCAAUCUCAUGUCGCCACUGUGCUUGUCAGCAGAGGUUCACGGUGCUUUAAUCAACCACAACAUCCCUGAAAAGGUCCUAAAAAAGACAGAAUUCCCCAGAACAGAAGCCAUGGAUGUUUGCCAUCAGAAUCCCUCCUGGAGAGGCCUGAUAAAAAGGAUGCAGCGCGUACAGUCCCGGGCUCUGACGUGCCUCCAUAGCAUCCUCUCCACCAUGGACGCAGAGUCUCUGGGAGGACCAGCAGCCCUGCAGGCAGCAGCGCAGCACCUGUCUACCCUGGUUUUUGGCGCAGCAGAGAUGCCCAAAGACGAGGAGUUCCUCGAGGCUGUCAUCAGUGCCAUGCGAUCUCUUUUACAGAUGAUUGCCUCCAAAAGUAUCCCCCAGUGUAUGACCCCCCAGCAGCUGAUGAGCCUGAGCGAAGCGGCCAACUGCUGUGAUGUUGUCAGUGUGAGGGUCAACGCCGUCGCCAUUCUGGGCAUCACUGGCAGCACAUUAGCCAAAGAGAAAGGCACUGCUGCAACCCUUCAGAUGAUCGGAACUGCCUUACUUGAAGUUGCCACGAAGGACGCCGACCUGGUUGUAAACGGAGAAGCCCUCGACGCCUUGUUUGACGUGUUUGCGGAUGGAGACGAGGCGGAGACAGCUGCUAAAAACAUCCAGUUACUACCUGCACUGAAAGCACUUCAGCCCGUCUUCAAAGCCAAGAUUCGUAAAGAGGGAAGAGGCAAGUACAGCCCUCAGCAGCUGUGUGUGCUAGACAACAUCAAAGUCAACCUGAGAAGAUUCAUUGGUUAUCUGGAGAAGGCGGUGAAAAAAUGAGGACAUUUCAGUGCUUCACAUCAGUUGAACAUGUAUGCUUUUUGGAUGGAUAUUUCAUGCAGGCAGGAGCACUGCACGAAAAACAGAAUAUGGUUGUGAAACCAUUGAGUAUUUAUUAUGUUGGAAGGGAACCAUUGUUAAUCCUUUGUUACAAUGUUUAUAUUCCCUAAAUAAGGAUUUACUAUUUUACUUAGUGGCGUGAAAGUUUAUUUGUUUUGAAGAAAGAAGAAUAGAAUCCAAUAAGAAUUUUUUACUGCAUGUUGGUUGCAGUUAAGAUCCCCCCCUACAUUUAACUUUUAUUUUGAAUGUGAAAUUUUUUCAUGCUCCCCAGAAACAUUUGAAAAGAACAGGUGUGGUGAAACGAUGGCAAGUUUCCACGUGGUGACCCAUAUCGUGGCGCCACAUUUCUAUCGGCUAAACAUUUGAUGUUAUGCAGUUCUGCAGGUCCUGAUGAGGAGAAUAUGAGGUAGAGCUGUUCAUAACUCCCCCUUAUAAGAGUCAGUUUAGUAUCAGCUACUAUACUGUAUGUAAAGGAGAUUCUGCCUUGUGGAAUCAUUAUUUUGUUAAACAAUUGGCUUGGCCAAGAUAAAUAAAAUUACUAUUUAAUUUUUUGGCAUUUCAGCCUUUAGAAAUAAGCACAUGUUCUCUACAUCUGCCUCACUGUGGAUCAUCUGCUUCCCAUGCGUUCCCUUCUCACUCAGCGAGGCUCUACUCUGCGUGGAGCGGUAGCUGCUUUUGCAGUGGUUACUCUUUGAACUUUUCCGUCUGCAGGUCACCACAGCAACCAGUUCAUACUGACAGCAUUUGCUUCAGUAACGUGAUAAAAGAAUUGCCUAAAUACAAAUUUAAAAAACCAAACAACCAUCCGCAUCCAGCAUUGCUUCUAAAGCUGCUAAUCCUGUUCUUCAACGCAGCAGGUUUGAAAUUAUGUACUACCAUGAUAGUCUUAUUUUUGCACCUAACUCUUGGGGGAUAUCAUGUCAACCCCUCAGCUGUGCUGAUUUAUUUGUGAUAACUUCUCUGUGGACUAUCAAAGACAAUUUCAAAGACUCAUUUGAGGGAGAAUAUGUCAUCAGGCUAUGAAUGAAUGAAUGUCUUUCCCACCCACCAUUAAAUCCUGGUGUCUUAAA